UAAAAUAAUUUUUUAUGAAACAAUUACUUCUUCGUGAAGAAAAGGUUUUCCUACACAGGAAAGGUAAAAAGUUCUUCUAAGAAGAACGAAUUUCUUCGUGAAAUAUAAGGAUAAAAGCAUUUCUGUGUGAUUUGCGAAAUAAAUUAAUAAUAUUUCUUCGCAAAAUAUAAAAGAUGAAUGCAUUUCUUUGUGAUUUGCAAAAGAAAAGGAGAAAAAAUGAUAUGAUAAAGAU